UGGUUUGGGUUGGGAGUGAGGUUUGGAUGCAGUCUUGGAAGAAAACCAAAAUAAUAAAAACACUACCUUUACUUUCUUUCUGCCUUCAUCAUCUGCCACCCACCAUUACAACAAGCUUAUAGCUCCAUUCCUAUUUUUCUUCCAAACUUUUUCCCUUUUCUCUUCUCUCUGCCAUAACAGAGCAUAUUCAGACAAAUUUUAUUUUUUCUUUUUUCUCAUCUCUGUUUCUGCCACAAGAGAAAUCAAACCCACAACAAUGAUUAUGGGGGGUUUAGGAGAUGAAAUUGGAGUGAUGAAAGGUCCCAAUGAAGAAGAUGAUUCUGUUGGAAAGAACGAAGAACAAAAGUGGCCACCAUGGCUUAGACCACUUCUGCAAACAAGUUUUUUUGUUCAAUGCAAAGUCCAUGCAGAUUCCCACAAAAGUGAAUGUAACAUGUAUUGUUUGGACUGUAACAAUGGAGCCCUUUGUUCUGUCUGUCUUGCUUCUCACAGAGAACACAGAGCAAUUCAGGUGGUUAGUUAUACGUUCCAUUCAAUGCUGAAUUAUGCAUCCAAAGUCAACUAUGGAUGGCCAGUUAAAAUAAGGAGAUCUUCAUACCAUGAUGUGAUAAGGGUGUCAGAGAUUCAGAAAUUUGUGGACAUAACAGAGGUUCAAACUUACAUUAUAAACAGUGCCAAGAUUGUGUUCUUGAACGAAAGGCCUCAGCCUAGGCCUGGCAAAGGAGUCACCAACACCUGCCAAGUCUGUGAGCGUAGCCUUCUUGAUUCAUUCACCUUCUGUUCUCUUGGUUGUAAGAUAGUUGGAACCUCCAAGAAGUUCCGGAAGAAGAAAAUGUUAGCUGAGACAGAUGGGUCUGAUGAGGAAGAAUCAAUAAAUGGCAUCAGCAAUGAAAGUGCAAGAAUAAAAAUUCAAAGUUUCACACCAUCAACACCACCACCAACAGUGGUGAAUCACAGAACUGCUAAGAGGAGAAAGGGUGUCCCACAUAGAUCUCCAAUGGGGGGUGCCCUUAUUAUAGGAUACUACUAAUGUCAUGCACCUUAUGAAGUUACAAUACCUGAGCCACUGUUCACUGAGGCCGGUGUUGGAACUGCUUCACUAUCUUGUAUAAUGCAAAAUAUAGGAGGAAAACAAUAAAGGAAAAAACACAGGUUAUAGAAAUCAAAUAACUGUAGAAUAAUA